AUGAAAGGCACAAAUUUUAGCAAUCCAACAGGGUUUGUCCUACUGGGCUUCUCUGACCAGCCCCAGUUGGAAAUGGCUCUACUUCUGAUAAUCUCUAUCAUAUACAUUGUGACACUGAUGGGGAACACAGCAAUCAUACUUAUCUCAUACUUGAACCCCAAACUCCACACACCCAUGUACUUCUUUCUCUCUAAUCUCUCCUUCCUGGACCUCUGUUUCACUACCAGUAUUGUCCCACAAAUGCUUUGGAAUCUCAAGGGCCCCAAGACCAUCAGCUAUACUGGGUGUGUGUUUCAGUUCUACAUUGCUUUGGGGCUGGGCUCCACGGAGUGUGUCCUCUUGACCAUUAUGGCCUAUGAUCGCUUUAAUGCUAUCUGUCGACCCCUCCACUAUACUGUUAUCAUGCAUCCAAAGCUUCUCAGGCAACUUGCAGCUCUAGCCUGGAUCAGUGGUUUUGCUGAAGCCACACUUCAGACCAUCCUUGUUUUCCAGUUGCCCCUCUGCAGCCAUCACAGGGUGGAUGACUUUGCAUGUGAGGAGCCUGCCCUGAUUAAAAUUGCCUGUGCGGACACAACCCUCCUGCAAAAUGAGCUCUCUGUGGCUACUGUCAUCUAUGUGGUUAUGCCUAUGGGACUUAUUUUGGUGUCUUAUGGCUGCAUUGUUUGCAGUGUGCUGAGGAUAAAAUCCACUGAAGGCAGGAGGAAAGCAUUUGGGACCUGUGGGUCCCACUUAAUUGUUGUGGUUUUGUUCUUUGGUACUAUAAUUUCUGUCUACAUCCAACCAAAGAGCAAGUACACACAGAAUCAGAGUAAAUUUUUCACUCUCUUUUAUACUGUAGUUACACCUUCACUUAAUCCUUUGAUCUACACCUUGAGAAACAAUGAGUUUAAGUGGGCUCUUAGAAGGUUUCUGGGAAGAGACUCCAGUUAG